CCAGGUUGGUGUUUUCCACCCCAAACCAACCUGAGGACCAUGACAAUCUGACCUAAACUCGAGUUGGGUCAAUUGGGUUCAGGUUGACCUGAAUCCAAGUUGCGGCUCUACCAACAUUUGAGCUGUUUAGAUGCCAAGUUCCAUUCUGUAGAUGACCUAACAAAAAUCAGGCGGGUCAAGUCAUCGGAUGAGCCACAUAUGUUAAAAAACACGCUACUGUUUAGAAAAGCUUCUGCCAGUCCACAUUCAGUGUACAUGUGUGGACCACUUGAUGAGUUGACCAGCCUGAUUUUUCGGUCAGGUUACCUAUGAGCUGGAUCCACUAGACACAUGCUCAGAUGUUGACCACAUUCCAGUUAACACUUGUGUGGCAUAUAGGGGUGUGUGCAGGCUUAGUAAAGUUUAGUAUACAGUUUAUGGGAGCUACUAGGUAUAUAUUGAAUGACGAACUGUGAUUUUGAUUGCAGUGGUAACCAUCAGCGAGAUUGGCCUGGAACAGGAUCCUUCUAUGGGAAUAUGGAUUCGGGAGGAGAAUGUGGUGUGUUAGCUGAAACCAUUUUCUACGUUCCAGCUGAGAAUAGGGCCAAGUUCUGGUAUCAAACCGAUUAUGGAAUGUUCCGCUUCUGUAUAGCUGACACCGAGCAUGAUUGGAGAGAAGGGUCAGAGCAAUAUAAAUUCAUUGAGCACUGCCUGGCAACAGUUGAUCGACAAAAGUAGCCAUGGCUAAUAUUCCUUGCACAUCG